AUGUCCUUAUCCGCCGCCGCUUGGCUGCAGCAGCCAAUGAUGCCGCCCGCCUUUGAGAGGCGGCGUCUGGACGCGGAGGGCAAGACGUCCGUCGACUUUGGCGUCAAGGGCGGCGAGCUCGACAAGAAGAGCCGGGCGCCGGCCGACCUUCGCCAAGUCUGGACGGGCCGGGUGAGGGAGGCUGCACGCGCCGUCGAGUCCGCCAUCGACACGCUCGCUCCGUUCAACCCGACGCCCGACGCGACAAAGCUGCUAGGCACGGUGGAGGGUGACCUGUGCCCGCUGCACGGCGCUUGGCGCAACGUCUGGACGACCGCAGCGGACGCGUCCUUCUCUCCCAACUCGACGCGCGGGGACGCCAACGUGUACAACGUGGUGGACGGGACCCGCUCCCGGAUCACAAACCACAUCGACUUCGCAUCCGGCGCCCAGUUUCGGGUGCUGUUGAGGGCAACGGCGCUCUCUCCUCUCCGGGUCGGGCUGCGGUUUCGAUUCGUGAAGGUCUCGCCACCGCGGCCGAUCCUCGGCCUCCUGCGGACGAUCGUGAUUCCGGUGCCAGGUCCGUUCCUGACCCGCGUGCUGUCGCUGCUCGGCCGCGGGCCAAAGGAGGGGCCGCCGCCCGCCUACUUUGACGUCCUCUACCUGGACGACGAGCUGCGCGUGCAUGUGACGGGGCAGGGAAAUCUGUUUGUGCAGCGCCGAGCGCCAUGGAGCCGGUAA